AUGCCUUCUAAGACGAAUAAAUUAGGCCAACCUUGCUACACCGCAGCUAAGUACUCCAGUGAUGCUGAUGUUGCUGAAUGGGAUGAGUCCCAGGAUGAAGAGGGGUCUUUGCAGGGUUUACAGCAGUUCUGGGGCGCAUUUAGAGUCCAGGGUGAUCAGGUGAAGCCCAGAAGUCUCCAAAACAAGGAAAUGGUCCCAUACCUCAUCAAGUAUCAGAGGCUCCCAGAGCCUGCGAAAAUGAAGAAGAUUGGAGCAGGAAGCCUAUUGGAUAAUGAGGCCGUUGUUAUGGGUGUGCAUCGGUAUCUGGCACAGAUGAACAUUGGACAGAUCACCCCCCACCUUCUUGCCAAGCACAUAAAUGAAGAACUUUUACCCAAAUUACAAGCUGAUUCACCUCCGAAGGAAAACAUAAUCAGUGAAUGUGCAGCUCAACGGUGGCUUUGGAAACUUGGUUACCGUUCAGUCGAGUCCAGAAAGGGUGCUUACAUUGAUGGCCAUGAGCAGCCAGAUGUAAUUGAAUCUCACAAAAAAUUCAUCCAGUCAAUGUCGAGAGAGGAAGGGAUUGGGAAGUGA